CUUACCACCAUCAACAAGCUAUGGGACACCGAACUUAGGAGGCGGUGGCCCAUCUUCCACCUACGGUGCACCGUCCGGUGGUGGUGGAGGCGGCGGCGGCGGUGGUGGCGGUCGUCCUUCCUCGAGCUAUGGAGCACCAUCCAGUAGCUAUGGAGCACCAUCCAGCAGCUAUGGCGCUCCAUCCGGAGGAAGACCAUCUAGCACCUACGGAGCACCUUCCAACGGUGGUGGCAGACCAUCCUCGACCUAUGGUGCACCAUCAGGUGGCGGAAGACCGUCUAGCACUUAUGGCGCUCCUGGAGGCGGCACCGGCUUCGGCGGUGGAUUGUCGUCGAGCUAUGGCGCACCAUCGCGUGGAUCAUCGAUAUCCGCUAGUUACUCAGCACCUAUUUCUGGAGGUGGUGGAGUGUCCACCAGCUAUGGCGCGCCUACUGGAGGCAGCGGUGGCGGCGGAUACUCGAGACCAUCUUCCACUUACGGUACACCUAGCACCGGUGGUGGCAGUUUCGGAGGUUCCGGUGGAUAUUCUGGAGGCGGUGGUGGUUACUCUGGAGGCGGAGGUGGCUACUCUGGAGGUGGAAACGGAGGAUAUUCCGGUGGUGGUGGCUACUCCGGCGGCGGUGGAAACGGUGGAUACUCUGGCGGAGGUGGAAACGGAGGCUACUCCGGCGGCGGUGGAAACGGAGGUUAUUCCGGCGGAGGUGGAAACGGUGGCUAUUCCGGCGGAGGUGGAAACGGUGGCUAUUCCGGCGGUGGUGGCUACUCUGGAGGUGGCGGAGGUGGUUACUCUGGAGGAGGCGGCGGUGGCUACUCUGGAGGAGGUGGUAACGGAGGUUAUUCCGGAGGUGGUGGCUACUCCGGUGGCGGUGGUGGCGGUGGCUACUCCGGCGGCGGAGGUGGUCAAAGUUACGCCAGCAACGGAGGCUACCAAUAUUAAUCGGAAGAAGUUUUCAUCUCGCGCGACGACCUUCGAUCAUGUUUCACCAACCAUCAACCACCUUCGAACGGUCCAAAAGAAUUUUGACACAUCGACAUCCUCCAUGUCACGAUCCAGACACAACAAACUCAUUCCAAACGUUGAUCUUAACCAGACCAAUGGAACAUCUGCCGAUGAAACGAAAAGAAAGGAAGCGGAAUCGGAGGUCAUUCUCGCGAACCUAAAAUCAUCGCCCAAGUAUUCAGGAUCCGCAUUAAAAGUUUAACAGUAACGCGGUAACGGCCGCUGCCUUGCGAGGACUUCAGUGUGUAUCGUAGCAGGCGUAUUUCUGAAAGCAAACGGAAGAAAGGGAAUACGAGAAACUUAAAAGACUCGGGACGCUUUUGCUUACCUCUCUUCCUAUUUGCUCUUAGGAAGCCGUCCGCUGAUAAUACUUACCAUCGCAUCGAAUCGAAAGGACCGAAUUUCGUACGCACGAGAGUCUCUGAAAGAGGCAGGCAAAUUGGAAAGAAAGGAAGAAAGAGACACGAAGAUGAAUUCGUUCCUCAUUCAGAGCCUGUAACUUAUUUAUUUUGUAAAAAUGCUUUUUGUACUAAUAAAGCCGCUACGCUGGAAAAAGAAACGUAAUCACGGAUGG